AUGGCCGAGGAGGGCGGCGGGGAGGAUGAAGAGCUCCUCAAGCAGGCCCAGGCGAUGGCGGAGAAGGUCUGCUCGAGCUUCCCAGAGGCGGUGCGGGCGGCCAAGCUGCCCAAGGUCCGCGAGGGGAUCCUGAAGCGGCUGAAGGCGACUGCGACUGCCGGGGGCAGCGCGGGGAAGGCCGUGGCGGAGAGCGCCCCCGCGAGCGCCGCGUCGCCGAGCAGCUCCCAGGGCCCUCCGCCGCCCGCCGCCGCGCACCAGCUGCAGCUGCAGCCGCAGCCGCAGCAGCCCGCGGCGCCGCCAGCGCCAGACGCCGCGGCGGCGGCCGCCACCGCCGCGGCGACGCCCGCACCGCCCCCGCCGCCCCCGCCGCCGUCAGAGGAGGCCCUGAUCGAGCCGCUGCCUGGGAUCGAGGCGUGCGGUGACGAGCCCUGGUUCGCUGAUGCAGCCGUCCGAGGAGCGCUCCGCACGAACGCCGCGGCAGCCCACGCGGCGCUCAAGAUAAACGUCAAGUCGCCCGCGGAGGAGAUCUUGCGCAUCUGCCCCGGCAAUGACAGGAUCCUUGGAGCGAAGGCGGUGUUGCGGCUCGGUGGCGCCAGCCUGGGCGGCUACAGUGAGAACGACGUGGCGUAUGCGUACCGGCAGCUGUCGAGAGCUCUGCAUCCCGACAAGAAUCCGGAGAUCCCGCAGGCGCCCGUCGCUUUCAAGCGUUUGUCCGACGCGGCGGACGAGCUACGGCAGGGGCUGGUGCACGCCAGAUCGCAGCUGGAGGUUUUGUGCGCCGUCUUCGGCCGAGCCCCGUCGCCCGAACUGCACGAGCGUCCGCAGGAGGCCCUCUUCGCCGAGGCGACCCGGCUCGUGACCGCGGUGCUCGCCGUCACCGGGGAGGGCGAGGUGCCGCCCGCCGCUUUGGAGCGCUCCAGGGCCGCCUUCGCGGGCUGCCUGAAGCCCUGGUGCGACGGGCCCUCCCUGCUGGUGAGCUGGUUCGACGACGCGCGGCUGCUCGAGAUCGUCUCCGGCCACACGGUGCGGGGGGCCUACGACUGCUCGCCGAAGCGACUGCGGGCCCAGUUCUUGUGUUUGCUGAACCGUGUGGCCAUGGCGGAGGCUACGCGGCAAAACGAUUGCGUCAGGAGCAAUUGGCACGAGGUCAUGAGAGCUUUCCCUGAGGUGCCACUCUGGCGGGACCUGCUCGAGCGGCUGAAGGUGCGCGUCUGGUCGGUCGACGUCGAUCCUCCUGACGACCCCGCCGACCCAGAGGCUGCGGGGAAGACAGCCGCGGAGGAGAAGGAGCCUUGGCCACCGAGGCCAAAGUUGCCAGAGAAGAAGCCAGAGAAAGCGGAGCCGAAGAAGGCCGUGCCGAAGGUCGUGCCGGGGCUGAAGCGCUUGGGCGCCGCCGGCGAGAAGGAGGAGGGCAGUGUCAGGUUCCCAGCGUACCGUCAGAUGAUGAAUUGGCGAGCUCCGGGCACUGGUCCAGGCGCCGCCGGUGAAUCCAAGGACCCGAUUUGCUGGGCCUGGGUUUCCAGGAAAGCCUGCCGGAACGGGGACACGUGCAGGUAUCUCCACCACAUUCCAGAAGGCUACGACGUGUACAAGGCCUCCAACGCCAUGACGUCUUAUGGCGCACAGAGAGCAGCGAUAGAAGCUGACAAGCAGGCAAAGGAGUUGGAGGAGAAGCGGAAAAAGAAGGCUGAAGAGGAAAGGCGGAAAAAGGAGGAGGAGGAGAACCGGCCGGCCCCGCGGCCGCCGACCUCGAGGUGGGCCAGAAAGUGGCGCGCUGCUAUCGAGGCCAUCCUGCCCGUCGGCAGGGAGGGCGCCGUGCCCGCCACGGACCCGGAGGUGCGGCUGCUCGGGGCGGCGCUGUGGCGUGACGUCGCGGAGUGGGCGGAGCCGUUCUUCCGGCCCGACCCUGGGAGCAAGUUCCAGCCUCCGCCGAGCCCGCUCGAGCUGUUUACCUCCGAGCCGGACAGCGAGGCUCAGUGGGCCUUUGUGCCCGUCGCCGACCUGCUCCUCAUCGUUGGCCAGGGCAUCGUUGGCGCCACGGCGGAGGGGGUCUUCACUAAUGGGCAGAAGGGCUACGUGCGGGAGACCUUCGCAGAAGCGACGGAGCGGCUUGGCAAGAAGAGAGCCGAGCAGGGCAAGGACAAGAAGCCAGACACGCCCGACCCCAAGACCGCCGAGGAGGGCGCCAAAAAGAGCGACAGCAAGGACGAAGCCGACGCGGACAUGGAGGUGGUCGAGGAGGAGAAAGACGCGAGCAUGGAGGUAAUCGAGGACGACCAGGACGAUGAGAGAAAAGCGGAGAAAGGUGGCGAUGGCGCUGAAUUCCGGAGCUUCAUGAAAAAGGCCGCUGGGGCUCGGUCACGCAGCCCGCGCCGCUGA